AUGCAGCCAGCCACUAGUCUCCCAACCGAUACAAACCACUUCAUUACUCACAAUUCUAGACUGAUGGCGGAUUUCGAGGCCCCGAAGGAUGAGAAUACGCUGGAAGCCACAAGGCCUGCUGAGUUCACAGUGCCUCCUGCUGAAUAUCCUGGCCACCACUAUCUAUUGUCCUACUACAGCAAGGGAACUGGAGGAUACCUCGAUUUCCAGGACACAUGCUGGCGACAAUCACCCCUUCAGAUUUAUGGCCUGAAACGACACUUGAUCUGA